UGUGUAUGUGAGUGAGUAAGUGAGUGAGGGAGUUUGUGUAUUCGAGACAAACUCUCUGCUCGGUGGACAUCCUUUUACAGACGCUCCUGGACCCUGUGUGGUUUCCCACAGAAGCGUGUUUCUGACUUCCUGGACACUGUCCUAAGGAAUGGACCCAUCUGAGGCUGAGCUAGAGCAACAGACGCCUGGCGAGUGAAGCACAGACCCGGAGAUUAGCGGUUAGCGACCACCUGUUGCGCUGUUUGGGCAAAGAAAGGAGUUUGGAUUUGCUUAGAAUGCUGCUGGAUUAGGAGCCUCCAAUCUCACUCUUCAGAGGAAAAUAAAAACACUCUCUCUCCCUCUUGGGCUUCUUACGUACGCAAAUACUAACGAUGAAGCCAAGCGUCUGAGGUUCUCGACUGGUUCUAAGUUUUGGUUUGGUUUUGGCGAGAAAGCGAGGGUACUUUUCGGAGGAAACUUCAGAGCUGGAGGUUUGGCACCGUGAUGCCCGGGCCAGUGUCAGCCAUGGCGAUGCCCAUCGGCAGGGCACCCAGCAGGCAGAGCGAACGGUCAGCGACGCUGGAGCGAGUGCCCACGCCGUUUCGGGACCAGAGGUCCUCUAAGACGCUGCACAAGCUGGCGCUGGCGCGGCUGGUCGAGGAGUUCCUCUGGAUCGGGGGCAACCUCGUCUCAGGGUCCAAGUGGAAGCUGGGGCUGAUGGUGGAGAAAUGCAUGAGCUCCAUGCAGGCGGGUUGCCAGAUGGUGAAACUGCGAGGUGGUUCCAAGGGCCUGGUGCGCUUCUUCUAUCUGGACGAACACAAGUCCUGCAUCCGCUGGAGACCCUCACGCAAGAACGAGAAGGCCAAGAUCUCCAUCGACUCAAUCCGUGAGGUGUGUGAGGGCAACCAAUCGGAGAUUUUCCAGCGCUACUCGGACGGCAGCUUUGACCCCAACUGCUGCUUCAGCAUCUACUAUGGGGAGCACAUGGAGUCUCUGGACCUGGUGUCCGGCACGGGGGAGGAGGCGCGGACCUGGAUCACCGGGCUCAAGUACCUGAUGGCCGGCAUCAGCGAUGAGGACAGCCUGGCCAAGAGACAGAGGACGGGACCAGGCACACAGUGGCUAAAGCAGACGUUCACAGAGGCGGAUAAGAAUGGAGAUGGCAGCCUCAGCAUCAGCGAGGUCCUGCAGCUUCUGCACAAACUCAACGUCAACCUGCCACGCCAGAAAGUCAAGCAGAUGUUCAAGGAGGCGGACACGGAUGACAACCAGGGCACGCUGGGCUUCGAGGAGUUCUGCUCCUUCUACAAGAUGAUGUCCACGCGCCGCGACCUCUACCUGCUCAUGCUCACCUACGGCAACCACAAGGAUCACCUGGACACUGCCGACCUGACGCGCUUCAUGGAGGUGGAACAGAAGAUGACCAAGGUGACUAAAGAACACUGCAUGGAGGUUGUGGCAAAGUUUGAGCCCUGCCCUGACAACCAGAAGCAAGGGGUUCUGGGUAUCGACGGAUUCACCAACUACAUGCGGAGUCCAGAGGGGGACAUCUUUAACCAGGCGCACGACGAGGUGGUCCAGGACAUGAGCCAGCCACUCUGCGACUACUUCAUCGCCUCCUCCCACAACACCUACCUUAUGGGCGACCAGCUCAUGUCGCAGUCCCGCGUCGACAUGUACGCCUGGGUCCUGCAGGCUGGCUGCAGAUGUGUAGAGGUGGACUGCUGGGAUGGACAAGAUGGAGAGCCUAUUGUGCACCACGGUUACACCUUGACUUCCAAAAUCCUUUUCAAAGACGUCAUUGAGACCAUCAACAAAUACGCCUUCGUUAAGAACCCGUACCCAGUGAUCUUGUCCGUAGAGAACCACUGCAGUAUCCCGCAGCAGAAGAAGAUGGCCCAGUACCUGAUGGAGGUUCUGGGGGACAAGCUGGACCUGUCAUCCGUCACCCCAAACGAGUCUGGACGGUUGCCCUCCCCAGAGGCCCUCAAGGGCAAGAUCCUCAUCAAGGGAAAGAAGCUCCCCCCUAACAUUGAUGAGGACGCUGAGGAAGGGGAUGUGUCAGACGAGGACAGUGCAGAUGAGAUGGAGGACGACUGCAAACUCAUGAACGGAGAUACGUCUAUGAGUCGUAAGCAGGUGGAGAAUGUGGCCAAGAAGAAGCUGGAUAACCUGAUGAAGGAGUCCAAGAUCCGCGACAGAGAAGACCCUGACAGUUUCACCAUCUCAGCACUGCCCCCCUCAGGCAAGAAGGACAAAGACAAGUCUCCACACAAGGGGAAAGCAGAGGACAGCACUGACACCACAGAUGAGGCCAACUCCAGCACUAACAAACGCAUGGGACGCUCCUUCAUGGGCAGCUUCUCCAAACGCAAGAAAAAGUCGACGAAACUGAAGAAGACCUCAAGCUUUGAGGACACCGAUACGGACCAGGAAAGCAGCAGCAGUGCAUCACGAGCACCUCUCCAUCACAGCAGGAAGAAGAAGACCAUGAAGCUGUCCAGGGCUCUGUCUGACCUGGUGAAGUACACCAAAUCAGUGGGCAUGCUGGACAUAGAGGCCCAAGCAGCCUCGUCCAGCUGGCAGGUGUCGUCCCUGAGUGAGACGAAGGGUCAUCAGAUCCUGCAGCAGAAGGCAGCCCAGUUCAGCCACUUCAACCAGCGGCAGCUCUCCCGCAUCUACCCCUCCUCCUACCGAGUGGACUCCAGCAACUUCAACCCACAGCCCUUUUGGAAUGCUGGCUGCCACCUGGUGGCUCUGAACUACCAGUCGGAGGGUCGCGUUCUCCAGCUGAACCGGGCGAAGUUCAAAACCAACGGAAACUGUGGCUACAUCCUCAAGCCUGACUGCAUGUGCCAAGGUACCUUUAACCCUAUGCUGGAGGACCCUCUGCCAGGCCGCAUGAGGAAACAGCUGGUGCUGAAGAUUAUCAGUGGACAGCAACUGCCCAAACCCAAAGACUCCAUGCUGGGAGACAGGGGAGAGAUCAUUGACCCAUUUGUGGAGGUGGAGGUCAUCGGCCUGCCAGUCGACUGCUGUAAGGAACAGACACGCGUAGUGGACGACAAUGGUUUUAACCCUAUGUGGGAGGAGACUCUGGUCUUCACGCUGAGUAUGCCUGAACUGGCCCUUAUCCGCUUCCUGGUCUGGGACCACGAUCCCAUUGGCCAGGACUUCAUCGGCCAACGGACAAUCGCCUUCAACAGCAUGAUGCCUGGCUACCGUCAUGUCUACCUGGAAGGGAUGGAGGAGGCUUCCAUCUUUGUCCAUAUAGCAGUGAACGACAUCACUGGUAAGGCACGGGCGGCCAGCGGCAUAAAAAGCCUGUUUCACAGAAACCCAAAGCAAGCUUCUCUAGACAGCCAUGCUGCUGCGCUGCUCAGCCGUAAGUCGCCGUUCGGGGCGCACCUGUUGCGACGCACCGCCAGCGCCCCCUCCAAGGCCCCGGGGGCCAAGGCCCAGGCCCAGGGCCUCCCUGACCUCUCCACACACCCCACCAAAGACUGCGACCCCAGGGGAGGGGAGCCCGGCAGCCCCCAGCCCAAGCAGGCAGCGGCGGGGACGGCCGAGGGCGACCUCGAAGUGGGAGCAGGAGCCAGUGCGGACGGAGGCACAGCCCCGCACCCCUGGGGGGGCACCAACGGCCAGCUGCACCCAGGCGACGGCAAAGGCCUACAGCACAUCCAGAGGUACUUUUCUCCUCACCCUGCCCUGGAAUCCAUCUCUGAGGAGCUGAGUGACCGACUGCUCUCCUCCUCCUCCUCCUUCACCUCCUCCUCCUUCACCUCCUCCUUCACCUCCUCCUCCUCCUCCGCUCCCUCCCCAGCCCUCUCCCCUUCUGCUCUCCUCCCCUCCCCCGUCUCUCCUCCUCCCCUCACUGACCAAACCUCGACCCCGGGUCCUGCAGCGGACCAGCAGAUCACUCACCCUCCCCUUCAGAAGACGCCGCCACUUCCUGCUCCGUCUCCCCCCCAUCCCGAGACAUCGCCGGGCAGCAGCCAGGGGAGGUCAGAGCCACUGGACACUCCCGUGACCCCCCCACUCCCCAGCGGCAGCAUGCAGCCGCCGGCAGCCGCAGAGGAUCAUGGGGAGGCGGACUCUGAGAGCUCCUCACCCCGCCAGGGGGUCCACGCUCUCCGUGCCCUCUUUGACCGUGACCCCCCUCAGCAGGCCCCAGGCCUGGCACCCCGCGCAAACAAACUCGCACACACGCCCGUCCGGCGCACCAAGAGCGAAGGCCAGGUGCGCCAUGGAGCGGCCGCCGCGCCCUCGUCGUCAUCGUCUUUGCCCGCGGCCACUCCGGAGGUGGUGAUGGACGCGACGAUUGGCGACCGCCUGUGGAGCACGUUGGACUACACCAGUCACCGCGACAGCGUCUCCUCCUCGUCCUCCAUCUCGUCCAACGACACUGUGAUUGACCUCUCCCUGCCUAACCUGGCCUCUCACUCCCACCGGCCCUCGUCCGGUCCCGCCACCUCCUCCUUCCCACUCCGAGGUCCUCCGCACGCGGGGCCCCCCGCCGCCGCCCACAGGGACACCCCGCGCCCCGUCUCCAAGUCCAAGUCCAACCCCAACCUGCGGCAGGACGAGAUGGACGAGCUGAAGCCGCGGCCGCUGUCCAAGGAGCCGCGCUCGUCCCCUGCGCCCGCACUCAUGCAGCGUCGACACACCUGGAGCCGUCUCUACAUGGAGGGCCUGAAGCAGGCCGCGGUUGCCAAGGCGACGGCCCGCGGCUCUAACCACAAGAUCCCCCCGACCCCCCCGCCAAAGCCGGGCGAGCUGGAGUCCAAGUCCAAGAGCCUGGGCGACCUCACGUCGGACGACAUCGCCUGCCACUUCGACAGCAAGUACCGCAGCAUCAGUCGCAGCUUCCUGUGCCGGCCACCCCCUCGCGACCAGCGACGCCUUGGCCUCGGUGGCGGUGGCCUCGCCAAGCCCCGCGACGCGCUCACCGAGCAGCUCAAGCGCCUGACCGACGUGGAGCCGCUCACCUCCAGCGACUUCUCCCCUCGGCCAGCCGGCGCGCCGCCGCAGCCCUGGCACGGCUCCCCCGAGGCGGCUGCGGAGGACUGGGAGCAGCCCCCGCCGCUGCGGCGGAUGUCGUCGCGGAGCCAGAGCCGCGUGCGCUACAUCGCCAACCGCGCCAAGCAGGCUCAGGAGCGCCAGCGGCUGCAGGGCAUGCUGGGAAGGCCCGCGGCGGGGGGGGCGUCUGUGGCUGGAGGACCCCUGGAGGAGAGGGGGAACCCUGAGGGGGCCUGCACCGUGGCCCGAAGCCCCUGCUCCAGCCUGGACCUGCUCAGCCAGCUGCCCCCUGCCCCUCUGCCCGAGAACCUCCACAACCAACACAGCCACCAGAACCAAACCCAGAACCAGUUAGGCCCACAGGACAAUGGGGUGUUCUUCAGACUCAAGCUCUGAGAAACAGAGAGAGAGAGAGAGAUGCAAUCUACUGAACUGAACUGAACUGAAUUGGACAGAACUGGACUGGACUAUAAUCUGGGCAAAAGAAGCACACAAUUCUAUUAUUAAUAUGAAUAUAAAAUAAUUAUAAUACAAAUACAAAUAAUAUGAAUAUCAUUCUUUUUAAAAAGAUAUUCUCCAAUUCCUUGAAGCAAUGAAAAAUUGUUGUUUUGUCUUUUUCACUUUGUUUUGUUUAUUUGUAAUGAAUCUGUAUAUGUUGAUGGAGUCUGUUGAGAAAUCUUUGUUUUGAAGCACUGAAAAUGCUCCUUCCUGCACACACGUGUACCCACCCUGCAUUCUAAUACUCCAUAUAGACCCCUUCUCCUCGGAUGUUGCAAGAUGUGUUUGGUUGAAAUGACUGACACCACAUACAGUGAAGCAAUGGCUAUGCUGUCAAAUCACACACUGCUAAGUGCACGCGUUUAGGUUUCUAACAGCCUAGUUAAGUCACUUUGUAGGAAAACAAUGACGAAACACAGUUUUUUGUAUAUUUUAAGAAAAUGUUAAGAGCACCACCUGAAUCUGUUCUGAGUUUAAGGCACGUUCCAUGUGUCUCCUCCUUCCCCUCGAUGACUCCUGUGUCUCCUCCUUCCCCUCGAUGACUCCUGUGCACCUCGCUGCACUAAAUGAAGAGUACGAAGGAGGAGAACCUUCUGGAAAGCGUAGCCGUGCAGUAGGGGGUGUUAUGGGCUGGCAAGGCCCUCGUAGCAUUGGGAACCCAUGGUCUAACACGCUCCUCUAUUUCACUGUUUGUACUUGCUCUGAGACUGUAUGUGCUUGCACACACUAUGUUGGGUAGUAGAUGUCUGUUUUUCUGUUUUGUUUUUGUUUUUAGCAAUAUUUUCAAAGAAUUUAUGAAUGCAUUUAAAACAUACUGAGUUAUACGGUAUUGGGACAUUUUUAUAUAAGGAAAACGGGAAUGUCUUUGCUAUAAAUGCAUUGUUUCAUGGGAUAGCGGUCUUUUUAAAGGAAAUUUUAUAUUCUGUGCAGAUGUAACGUAAAAAGAAACAGCCUGGCUUUUUAUUUUGGCAAGCUGUUGGUAGCAACGCACGAUGGCACCAGGUCACCUGGCUCUGCAUUUUUAACCAUUUGGGGAUCUUUUUUUAUCAAGUCUUGCUGAUAGAUUGCCCCCUUUUAAACUUGACUGCAUGUUUUGUAUGCAUUCUAAUCUACGUUGUGGGUCCGGUUCAAAGGACUCUUCCACUACUUAAUGGGUCUGGAUCAAAGGAAACUCUUCCACCUGCAUUUGUUGAUCAGUGUUGAGAUGCUGAAGGCCUGUGUCUCGGAUUGGCCACAGAAGUUUGAUCUCCCUUUUUUAUUCUCAUCUUUUGUUUAUUUUUGUUUAUUAUUAUUUUAUUAUUAUUAUCAUUAUUAUUAUUAUUUAGAUAUUAAUUGACUGUAAGACUAUGGAGAGCUGUGUGAAAGCAGUGUUGUCGGAUCCUACUGUGUGGUCUGACACCGUCAUGACAGAUGUCACACCAGAGAUUGUUAGGGAUGAUAUUUAAGUAAAAGCAAAAGUAAUUAGAAAUGAAA